AUGGCAUCAUUCCUACUAUGGGCACCUUCCUCGGCUGUAAUUAAUGUCAGACUCGCGCUUGCUUUACUGGUUACAUACCCUUCUCGAACACGUGCGGACGCGGUUCAACACCCCAUCAUCCUGCCUUCCGUCACUAUCCGUAUCAGUCGGUGCUUCCUUCUCGCGAGGUGCCACGCUGCCUUCCAGGUUUGCGCGGGUAAGACCGCUUCGGAUGGGAUGCCGCCUGUAGUCGCACCUUCCAUGUCACUUGCGUUUUCACAUCUCCAAGUCUCAGACCCCCAAGACGUUGUCUUCUCUUCCCGAGUCCUUCACCCUGUGAGGGACCUUGACACCUGGACUAUCGCGCUCUAUACGAACAAGGUCCCCGAGACACCCGGCCAAGUUUGUCGCUUGUACUCUGUACAUGCAACUCAGCCAUUCCCGUUUCCUAUCAUCUGCAUUCAACCCUCGCUCUUGUUCACGGCUCUUGUUCUCGUCGCCUCCAAGGACCGAAUCCGUCGACGUGUCGCUCAUCACGGAAUCCGGGACGUGGGUGCUGGUCCCUGGGUCGCGGCUCCAAGCUGCCCCCUGGUCCUCCCAUCGCCCUACUCUGAAAGAUGGGACGCCAUCUUCGCCAUGCCACGCCUUGAGGCGCCUUUCGGGUUUACUCGGACAGAUGGCAGAUCCCUGCUCGCCUCACGUCCUUCAUGCUUUCGGACAUCAUCUCUCGGCCCCGAAGAGUUCAUUCCAACUUCUGCGUCUAGCCAGGUCUCACUUCAGCCUUACUCAUCCUGCCUCUUGCGUGGCUGCCACACUCGCCGUACCAAAUCCUUCCUCAGUACGACUAUGUCCAAACUCAACGGUGACGAGUGCCGUGUGGCAUGUAGCAAGUGGCAUGUGGAACGACAAUUCAGAUACCGGAGCCGACAACUAAGCCUCGACUCAACACGCCGCUUCUGCAAAACCAAACCAUCGAUACGUGGUACACUCAGAAAGCUUCGAGUUUGUGUUUGCGACAAGGCUGCGACUUUUCAUCUUGGAAAGGCUGACAUAGCUGGGGAUUGUCAAUCUCUCAUUGGGUCCGUCCGUCUGGAUCUAUUUAAUGGGACAUGCAUCUUGUCUUGCAUCUCCUUGAUGUUGCUAUUUGUGUUUUUUGGUCGCAGGGUUGCAGCUUGCUGUCCUACAUUAACCCGUGACCUGUGUAUACAGCACCAGGUAUCCGAAUGUUCAUCAGACGAAAGUAUUUACCUCCGGGCCGCUCGAUGCUACACAUUCGUACUCGCUCGACGAAAACUCAGUGUUUGGAGUGCUUCCCUGAAUCGGCGGCUGAUCAAUUCGACAUUCAUGCGGUGCCCCGAAACUGGCCAGGCUGAUCUACAAGAGGCCCAGUUUGUCUGUUUCAGAAUGUUGAUGAGAUGGGUCCCGUACCCCUGUGCCGGCUGCCGGGCAGGCAUUCCAGCAAAUGUCUUGUUCGGGGGAGAGGCCGUCUUUCGAUACUGGAGUACGGAGUACGGAGUAUGGAGGUGGUGCUGGGGACGACACGCCCUCCUUUGCUGCUCCGCAAAUGAGAGGCAGGGGCAAUCCCACAUUGGGAUGGAAACGUCAAUCGCCAACAACCAAAGCUGGCAAGGGAUCCAGAACGACGUCUUCCAACGCGGACCCAGCGGUGACGACAACAGAUCAGGAGUGAAGAGAGAGCACGGGGAGAUUUCCCAGAUUGCUAGAUGUUCAUACGGUGGCACCUGGCCCGAGUGCCACCUGUCUCCCAGUCCCUUGCACCGUUUUGCCCUGGCUCAUCUUAUUUCCUUAGCACACAAAGCACAACGAGCUCGCUGGCUCCUGAAAGGCGAGAUGCAGACCACCUCGCACCAGCGCGGGAAACAACGAUAUCCCUGCUCGCAUCUUGAUUGGCGAUGCACGAAGUUGAUGAAAAUGAGCAGAUGGAACAUGGGCUUUUGCAAGCAGGCGAUUGGAGCGCCCCAUCCCGCUAGGAUAAAAAGCAAAAGCAGCUUGAGGCGCGCCGGCAUGAACGUGGUCCAAAACGUCGACGAAUAUCACGCUCGGCCUUGGACGCGUACCCGACUCAUGGAGAACCGCCGAGUUGUCGCCAGGCCGAAACGAUUCACAACAAGCCCUGGUGUCAUUGCUGCUGUGCGGGACAACAAAUUGAACAAAUUGAGGCAAGUUUGUUUUGCUGCUUUGCAUGACGGCUUCUUGACGAGCUGCAGCGUGCCCACGGAGGUGGGAUUGCGCUCAUUUUAUGAGAUUACACUGAGCAGGGUUCCGUUAUCGAAGACAUCGCAACUCGGCUUAGGGCUCUCCAAUCUAGACAAUCUCAGAGAAGGCGGGCUGCAACAGAGAAACGUGGUCGACCAUCUGGCUAAUGUCCGAGAGAUAGCCAAGAUGAGUCGAAUCCUUCCCCGGCCAACCAUACCAACUUGGUUGGUCAAACCCCACGGUCCACGGAAGGAUGACAAUGUGGCGGGAGCGGCAGCGGCAGCGGCAACGGUAGGUACACAGACGCACACGAAAACAAUGACAGGUGAAGGCUUGAAGCCCCCCAAGUCUGAGAGUUUGAGCGAAAUGACGGACGGCAGCUGCCCGACUGGGAAAUGGAGGCGAAAACAACGUCCAACCCACUUCCGAAUGGCGGAGAGAUUGGCACGCCACGCCAGCAUCUGCCAUCCGGGAACUGGCAGUUCACGGGUCAGAGAAGCGCCGCUCAUUGCCAGGACGGUACAAUAUGGAUUCAGCCAAACGCCUCUUUGGGCAACGACCGAAGUUGUCCAAGACUAG